CCUUGCCAGCCGGCUGUAAAAGCGCCCCGAGAGUCCAGGAGAGCUGGAUGAAUGCUGAGCACCAGGCACGCUUUGGUCGGCUGUUCCCUGUGGAGGAAGUUAAUGGUUUAAGUGAGGGGCGUCUGGAUCUGCUCCCCGAGUCACCAUGACUCUCCUGGGGUCUGAGCACUCCUUGCUGAUUCGGAGCAAGUUCAGAUCAGUUUUACAGCUCCGGCUCCAGCAGAGAAGGACCCGUGAGCAGCUGGCAGACCAAGGCAUCAUGCCACCACUGAAAAGCCCAUCUGCAUUCCAUGAACAGCGAAAAAGUCUGGAGAGAGCCAAGACUGAAGAUUAUCUCAAGCACAAGAUCAGAAGCAGGCCUGAGCGCUCAGACCUGGUCAAUAUGCACAUUCUGCAAGACUCAGCUGCAGAGGGGUCCAUCCAGUCCACCCAAAUGAAGCUGAAAAGAGCCCGGCUGGCAGAUGACCUCAAUGAGAAGAUCGCGCUCAGGCCGGGUCCUUUGGAGCUGGUGGAGAAGAAUAUUAUUCCUGUGGACACAGCUGAUCGUCCCCCCAGUGCCGAUGGGCACGCUGCGGACGCUGCCCCGGGGCAGGGCAGCCAGUGCGACAGCCCCAAGCAGCCCGCGGGGCAGGAGAGCCCGACGCUGCCGCUGCCCUCUGCCGUGAAGUCCAAAUCAUCCAGUGACAGCAAGAAUCGUCACAAAAAGCCCAAGGACACUAAGCCCAAAGUGAAGAAGCUCAAGUACCACCAGUACAUCCCUCCAGACCAGAAAGCAGAGAAGUCCCCUCCACCCAUGGAUUCUGCAUAUGCCAGACUGCUCCAGCAGCAGCAGCUCUUCCUGCAGCUCCAGAUCCUCAGCCAGCAGCAGCAGCAGCAGCAGCAGCAGCAGCAGCACUUCAGCUAUCCUGGGAUGCACCAAGGGCAGCUAAAGCAAUCAAAUGAGCAAAUGGUCAAAAGCUCAAAUCCUUCAUCAACUUCUGGCAACAACACCCCUCUUUCUCCAGUGAAAACCACCUUUUCAGGCCAGACUUGUGUCUCAUCUAUCAAGCCAGGCCCUCUGCCCUCCAACCUGGAUGAUCUCAAAGUGUCGGAGCUGAGGCAGCAGCUCCGGAUCCGGGGCCUGCCCGUGUCGGGCACCAAGACGGCGCUGAUGGAGCGGCUGCGGCCCUUCCAGGAGUGCAGCAGCAGCACGGUGCCCAGCUUCAGUGAGAUCACCACCGUCACCUUCCCCGUCACCCCAACCAACACCCUGUCCAGCUACCAGUCCCAGUCCUCCACCAGCAUGUUGUCCAAUGGUUUCUACCACUUUGGCAGCACCAGCUCCACCCCACCCAUCUCUCCUGCCUCCUCUGACCUCUCUGUGAGCGGCUCCCUGCCCGACACCUUCAACGAUGGGCCCAUGGCUUCCCCACAGUUUGGCCUGCAGCCAUCACCAGUGCAGGGCAGCGCUGAGGAAAGCCUCAUGAGCAGCAUGAAUGGAGGGAGCAUCCAGCUGGAACUGGAAGGGAUAGACACGGAGAAAGACAAGAUGCUGGUGGAGAAGCAGAAGGUGAUCAAUGAACUGACGUGGAAGCUGCAGCAGGAGCAGAGGCAGGUGGAAGAGCUGAGGAUGCAGCUCCAGAAGAGGAAGAGAAGCAACGGCCUUGAGGAGAAGCAGCAGCCUGCUCAGCAUUUCUUUGGUGUCCCCAUCAAGCAGGAAAACACAGUGUCCAGCUGUCCAUUUGCAUCCAAACAAAUGGCCCUGAAAGGCCAGGCGGGCAGCUCGGAUAAGCUGAGUAACUGUGGAGUGCCGCAGGUGCCCCACAUCGUGAACAGCCACUGCCUGGAGCCCGCAGGGCAGAGCACCAUCACCUCCUCGACAUUCCUGAGCCCGCAGUGCUCCCCGCAGCACUCUCCCCUGGGCGCUGCAAAGAGCCCCCAGCACAUCAGCCUGCCGCCGUCCCCCAACAGCCACUACCUGCUGGAGGACUGGCCAUCACCCAGGAACACCCAGAACACCUUCCUUCCCAUCAGUCUGGGAGCAGCCUCAGUGCUGGGACUGCUGGUGCCUUUGAGAAAGUGGAGUGAUGCUGUUGGCAGGGUGAAAAUGGAGAUCUUGCAGCAGAUGACACGAAGUCAGCAGAUGGACGAGCUCCUGGACGUGCUGAUUGAGAGUGGAGAAAUCCCAGCCAAUGCCAAGGAGGAUCGUUCCUGCCUGCAGAAGGUGCCUCAGAUCAUGGUGUCUGCGGGGAGCUCGGCUGGCCCUGUCCCCAAGGGCUCUGCCCCCUUCGAGCCGGGGCCCCCGGCCCCGCUGCCCUUCGAGCACUGCCCGGGCAGCAGCGACGCCCACCUGGAGGUGCUGCUCAACAGCCCCCUGGGCAGGGUCAGCGAGAUGGCCCUGCUGAAGCUGGGAGCAGAGGAGCCCCCCUUCGAGGGCAUGAUGGAGGGAUUCUCUGGCAAGGCCGCCGACGAACUGCUCAACUCCCAGGAGAUUUUACAGACUCCCCUGUCGCCCAUGGACACCCAGCUGUCCCCCUCCCCUGCUGAAGGCUCUGCCUUACAAAUGAGUUUCACUGAGUCUCCGUGGGAAACAAUGGAGUGGCUGGACCUGACCCCCCCCAGCUCGGCCAGCGGCUUCAGCUCGCUCACCCCCGCGGGGCCCAGCAUCUUCAACAUCGACUUCCUGGACGUGGCUGACCUCAACCUCAACACCAGCAUGGACCUGCACCUGCAGCAGUGGUGAGGGCACGUGCUGGGGCAGGGGGCUGUGGGCCUGCAGCAGGCAGCACAGCGCUCCUGCCGUGCCACAGAACGUGCAGGGCUAACGUGUGCCUCAUCCAGGGCAAACUGGAGUCAUUUCCCAGCAUAUAGACUUGUUUGGAUUUCCAGUCACUGAAAAUGGACAGCACAGCUCUGGUACUUUGGUUUUCCUCCAUUGACACAACCCAACAGAGGACACCAGUGCCUGAAACAACACUUCCUUUGACUGACAAGAACUUCCAUUUUCUUUCUUUAAUCUCCCCUCCCCCCCCAGUUUUAGCAGUCACUCUUGUGAGAACUGGAGCAGCUCAUGACAAGACUGUGUGGUGAGGUGACCUCACCUGGGUGGCAACAGGAAAUCAUGGAGAGGGAAACUCCUCUCCUCUCCUCUCCUCUCCUCUCCUCUCCUCUGGCAGACCUGUUGGGCUCACCUUGGCUGUGCCCAUGCCAGGGUGAGGAGCAGGGGCUGUGCCCAGCUAGGUGCCCAGGUGCCCAGCACCCUUUGUGCACAGCUGGGCUCUCAUUUCCCUCCUGCCCAAAGCUGCACUGCCCCAUCGAGCAGAGCUCUGCUCCAGGUGGAUGAGAGAUGGAGAUCACUGAGCUCACGGUGGCACCUUGGCAUGUCCUGAGGGGCUGAGAGCCCAGGACUGUCCUGGCUGCAUUCUGAGCUGGAUCAGGCUGCAGCCUGGGAGCAGAGAGCUCUGAACGUUGGAGCAGAUGUUGAGGAUGCAGGCGCAGGAAUGGGGGAUGUGGCAGCCCGGCCGUGUCCCCGUGCACACGAAGAGAUGAGUGAUGUGUUUUGGCCAAGGUAGGAGCAAGUGGUGAGAAAGGACCAGCCAGGCUUUGGAGGGGCUGUUCGUGCACAGCCAGGUCGGUGUGAUCUCCAGCCCUUGCAUGAUCCGGGAGCAGGGGGAGCCGGGCAGGGACACUCGGUGACAUCUCGGGGGGCAGAGCCGAGCGAGCCCUCGCGUGGCCGAGGCUCUGUGUGAGUGCCUGCCCCUGCCACCUUCCCCUCCGUCCCUCCUCCGUGCCCAGCAGCGUUCCCCUCCUCCCCGAGGUUAUCCAGCGUCACUGCCCCCCAGCCCAGAGCAAGGCUACCGGAGAACAGCUGUGAAUCACCGAGCCGGGAGGAGCCCGUUCUCCCGCAGCCCGCAGGGAAGGGAGCUCUCUCGCAGUGAUGCUCCCGUUGGGAAUCACCAGCAUUUCUCCUCGGAGUCUCUGUGCAAUAUUCUUCCUCAGGCUCUCGCAAGAAGGAGCCUUUGCUUCACUUCUUGGCUUCCACCAAAGAACUCGCUGCAGACUUUGCGACGGGCAGCGUCCAUUCGUCGCAACUCUGGUUUUGCCAAAGUAAAUAUUGUUGCUAACAAAGAUUGUUAAACUAUUUACAGACUGAGUGUAUUUAAUAUUUGUGUUACUGGAAGGACAGCACACGGAGGUGAAGCUGCUGGGAGGCUCCCCCAGGGAUGCUGGAGCUGUGGGAGGCAGCCCUGCAGUGUCCCCAGGCCCUGGCCUUGUUGCAUGCUGUAUAAAGCACCUGGCAGUAGCUUUCGAGUCACUAUUUAAAGCACCAUUUUUCUAUUGUACAAAUGUCACAGGGCACUGCUAGCAUAGACAAUCACAGGUUGCAUUUUUUUAAAAGAAUUUCUUUUUCUAAGUGAGAGAUUUUUUUGAAGCCAGUCUGUGGAGAAUAUUCAGAGCACUUGAAGCAGAGUAGUGUUAGCUGCUCCACUGUGGCCUUGUACAGAGUUUUCCAGGUAACUUUCUCCUCUCAGCAAUUGUAUUUCCUUAUUUAAAGGGAUGCUGUCAGCUUCAAACCUGUAAGCAAGCACAUUUCCUUACCUAUGUUACCAGCAACACCUUCAUUAU